AUGGCCCGCGAGCCGGAGGAAGAGGAGACGGUGGGGACUGCAGCCCUGGCCCUCCGCUGUCCGGGCUCGCCUGGUUGGGCCGGGGCCGGGGCUGGGGCGACCCGGCCGCCGCUCUGGCUGCUCUGCCUGCUUUCGUGCUGGCUCCUGGGCGCUGUGGCCAACGCCGACUUCUCCAUCCUGGACGAAGCUCAAGUACUGGCGAGUCAGAUGCGGAGGCUAGCGGCCGAAGAAUUGGGGGUCGUCACCAUGCAGCGGAUAUUCAACUCCUUUGUUUACACUGAGAAGAUCUCAAAUGGAGAAAGUGAAGUACAGCAGCUAGCCAAAAAAAUCCGUGAGAAGUUCAACCGGUAUUUGGAUGUGGUGAACCGAAACAAGCAAGUUGUGGAAGCAUCCUAUACAGCUCACCUAACCUCCCCGCUGACUGCGAUUCAGGACUGCUGCACUCUUCCGCCUUCCAUGAUGGAAUUUGAUGGGAACUUUAAUACCAAUGUAUCUAGAACAAUCAGUUGUGAUCGACUUUCCACCACUGUUAAUAGUCGAGCCUUCAAUCCAGGACGAGACUUAAAUUCAGUUCUUGCAGACAACCUGAAAUCCAACCCUGGAAUUAAGUGGCAGUAUUUCAGUUCAGAAGAAGGAAUUUUCACUGUUUUCCCAGCACACAAGUUCCGGUGUAAGGGCACCUAUGAACAUCGCAGUAGACCCAUCUACGUCUCUACUGUACGGCCACAGUCCAAGCACAUCGUCGUGAUCCUGGACCAUGGGGCUUCAGUCACAGACACCCAGCUUCAGAUCGCCAAGGACGCUGCUCAGGUCAUCCUCAGCGCCAUCGAUGAACAUGAUAAGAUUUCUGUCUUAACUGUGGCAGACACUGUCAGGACUUGCUCACUAGACCAGUGCUACAAGACCUUCCUGUCUCCAGCCACCAGUGAGACGAAAAGGAAAAUGUCCACCUUCGUCAGCAGCGUCAAAGCUUCAGACAGUCCCACACAGCACGCAUCAGGGUUUCAAAAGGCAUUCCAGCUGAUUCGAAGCACAAACAAUAACACAAAAUUCCAAGCAAAUACAGACUUGGUCAUCAUUUACCUGUCAGCUGGCAUUACAUCAAAGGACUCUUCGGAAGAAGAUAAAAAGGCAACUCUUCGUGUCAUCAAUGAAGAAAAUAGCUUUCUGAACAACUCCGUAAUGAUUCUCACCUAUGCCCUCAUGAACGAUGGGGUGACUGGUUUGAAAGAGCUGGCUUUUCUGAGGGACCUGGCUGAACAGAACUCUGGGAAGUACGGGGUGCCGGACCGGACCGCCCUACCCGUGAUUAAGGGCAGCAUGAUGGUGCUGAACCAGCUGAGCAAUCUGGAGACCACAGUUGGCAGGUUCUACACAAAYCUUCCCAACCGGAUGAUUGACGAAGCUGUCUUUAGCCUCCCCUUCUCUGAUGAGAUGGGAGAUGGUUUGAUCAUGACCGUGAGUAAACCAUGUUAUUUUGGAAACCUACUUCUGGGAAUUGUAGGCGUGGACGUGAAUCUGGCUUACAUUCUUGAAGACGUGACAUACUACCAAGAUUCUUUGGCUUCCUAUACUUUUCUCAUAGAUGACAAAGGGUAUACACUUAUGCAUCCGUCUCUCACUAGGCCAUAUUUACUCUCAGAACCCCCCCUUCAUACUGACAUUAUACAUUAUGAAAAUAUCCCCAAGUUUGAGUUGGUUCGGCAGAAUAUCCUAAGCCUCCCUCUGGGCAGCCAGAUUAUCGCAGUCCCUGUGAACUCAUCCCUGUCUUGGCACAUAAACAAGCUGAGAGAGACCGGGAAGGAGGCCUACAAUGUUAGCUACGCCUGGAAGAUGGUACAAGACACUUCCUUUAUUCUGUGUAUCGUGGUGAUUCAGCCGGAAAUACCUGUCAAACAACUGAAGAACCUCAACACCGUCCCCAGCAGCAAGCUGCUGUACCACCGGCUGGAUCUGCUGGGCCAGCCUAGUGCUUGUCUUCACUUCAAACAGCUGGCAACUCUAGAGAGUCCAACUGUCAUGCUGUCUGCUGGCAGCUUCUCCUCCCCCUACGAACACCUCAGCCAGCCAGAGACAAAGCGCAUGGUGGAGCAUUACACAGCCUAUCUCAGUGACAACACCCGCCUCAUUGCUAACCCGGGGCUCAAAUUCUCUGUCAGAAAUGAAGUAAUGGCUACCAGCCACGUCACAGAUGAAUGGAUGACACAAAUGGAAAUGAGUAGCCUGAACACUUACAUUGUCCGCCGUUACAUAGCAACGCCCAAUGGCGUCCUCAGAAUUUAUCCUGGUUCCCUCAUGGACAAAGCAUUUGAUCCCACUAGGAGACAGUGGUAUCUCCAUGCUGUAGCUAAUCCAGGAUUGAUUUCUUUGACUGGCCCUUACCUAGAUGUUGGAGGAGCUGGCUAUGUUGUGACCAUCAGUCACACAAUUCAUUCAUCCAGUACACAGCUGUCUUCCGGGCACACUGUGGCUGUGAUGGGCAUUGACUUUACACUUAGAUACUUCUACAAGGUUCUGAUGGACCUAUUACCAGUUUGUAACCAAGAUGGUGGCAACAAAAUAAGAUGCUUCAUAAUGGAGGACAGGGGUUAUCUGGUGGCACAUCCAACUCUCAUUGACCCCAAAGGACAUGCACCUGUGGAACAGCAGCACAUCACCCACAAGGAGCCCCUGGUAGCAAAUGAUAUCCUGAACCACCCCAACUUUGUAAAGAAAAACCUGUGCAACAGCUUUAGUGACCGAACAGUCCAGAGGUUUUAUAAGUUCAACACUAGCCUUGUGGGGGAUUUGACAAACCUUGUGCACGGCAGCCACUGUUCUAAAUACAGACUGGCGAGGAUCCCAGGAACCAAUGCAUUUGUUGGCAUUGUCAAUGAGACAUGCGACUCACUUGCCUUCUGUGCUUGCAGCAUGGUGGACCGACUCUGUCUCAACUGUCACCGAAUGGAACAAAAUGAAUGUGAAUGCCCUUGUGAGUGCCCCCUAGAGGUCAAUGAGUGUACUGGCAACCUCACCAAUGCAGAGAAUCGAAACCCAAGCUGUGAGGUCCACCAGGAGCCAGUAACAUACACAGCCAUUGAUCCUGGCCUACAAGAUUCCCUUCACCAGUGUGUCAACAGCAGGUGCAGUCAGAGGAUGGAAAGUGGGGACUGUUUUGGUGUACUGGAUUGUGAAUGGUGCAUGGUGGACAGUGACGGGAAGACCCACCUGGACAAAUCCUACUGUGCACCGCAGAAGGAAUGCUUUGGGGGCAUCGUGGGAGCCAAAAGUCCCUAUGUUGAUGACAUGGGAGCAAUAGGUGACGAGGUGAUAACCUUAAACAUGAUUAAGAGUGCACCUGUGGGUCCUGUGGCCGGAGGCAUCAUGGGCUGCAUCAUGGUGCUGGUCCUCGCUGUGUACGCCUACCGCCAUCAGAUUCAUCGCCGGAGUCACCAGCAUAUGUCUCCGCUUGCUGCCCAAGAAAUGUCAGUGCGUAUGUCCAACCUGGAGAAUGACAGAGAUGAAAGGGACGACGACAGCCAUGAGGACAGAGGCAUCAUCAGCAACACCCGCUUCAUAGCUGCCGUCAUUGAGAGACACGCGCACAGUCCAGAAAGGAGGCGUCGUUACUGGGGCCGGUCCGGAACUGAAAGUGAUCAUGGUUAUAGCACCAUGAGCCCACAGGAAGACAGCGAAAACCCUCCAUGCAACAACGACCCCCUGUCAGCCGGGGUGGAUGUGGGGAACCACGACGAGGACUUAGACCUGGACACGCCGCCCCAGACUGCAGCCCUACUAAGUCACAAGUUUCACCACUACCGCUCACACCACCCCACCUUGCACCACAGCCACCACUUACAGGCAGCCGUGACCGUACACACUGUCGAUGCAGAAUGCUAACAAUCUCCUCAGCUCUAAGAGAAGACGGGGUCUGGGAGAUACAGAAUGUUCUGGAAAGAAAAAAAAAAAGAGCCAGCAUAAAACCUACCAUCAGAGACCCUUUGUGUGUGUGUGUGCUUUGUCCAGAGUGGUUCAACUCACUGCCUGCCCAUCGGCAUGUUUAAAAACAGAGAAGCAACAACAAAAUCACCUUUGUGAGGACGCAAAGCUGGUUCCUAAACGGAGGGGGAGAGCCUGAUUAAUGAACCUGCCACGAUGCUAAUGGAAUGGAACAGACGGCAAACCUCCAAACACAGACGAAACGUGUCACUGAAGCUGAGCCAGAGGAAUGUUCCAGGGAGCCAGAAGCUUUCAGCUCUCCUUAACUGGAAGAGGAAAAUCUGCUCAACCAGAGACUGGGAACGUGGCACCUCCCGUCACCAGGGUGUGCUUUGAAGAUCGUGCUUUGUUUCUUAGCGGUACCUGGAUACCACGGUUGUUGUAUGGAACUUAAGUGAAGCUCUCUAAAUGAUGCAUCUCAGAAUUUCUAAGUAAAGGAUUAUUUUUCUACUAUUUAUUGAACUUUCAAACAUUCUCAGACUUUGGGGGAAAGCAAAGGAAAACACAUUGAGAAAUUUCCAGCGAUUGUCACUAGCUGUUGUGUGCGUGAUGAAGUGGUUCUUUGAUUAAGGAGAUAUAUCUCUUAUUUAACUCAGCAUCAUCCCACUGCCCCACUCCAAAAAAAAAAAAAUGGGAAAAUGAAGAAACCUUCUCUCUGACUUGUUUACGUCAUUUUGUGGAAAAGCAUCUUUAUUUGUAAUGCAGUAUUCUCUCUGUGUUUGACAGACGUGGGAAGGGGCAGAGAAACCCAAGCUGUUUUAAAAGAAAUUUUUAUGUUUCUUUAUAAUUCAUUUCCACUCCCCUGUACAAUACUUUUCUUAGGUUUCUACGAAAUCUAAUAUUACCAUUCCAGCCCUUCAGCUAAGGGAGGGUUGGAUUUAUUCUCCUUGUUUUAAAAAGACUAUAAAUUUUAAAAUGUCCCAUUUUUGACUCUGAGAAUAUUAAACACAUAAGGGAAGACAUUUUAAAAUUGUGAAAUUUUGGUUCUUAAGAUUUCUUUUGAAAUCAUAGUUAAAAGCUGCUGCCAGUUACCCAAGAACUUACCCACCAAACUGCUUUUGAUUUACACGGGGAUUAAUCAAAUCUGGCUACUAUGACAUGGGGCAUUGUAAUUUUAAAGUAGUGUUCGAAUUACAGUGAUGUAUUUUAGAUUCACGUUUUGUGAUUCAAAUAUGUUAUAAAGACAUUCUUGCACCGUGUGUGUGGUAAAUCUCCGUUUAUAUGUAGUUGGAAAAAUUCACUGAAUAGGGUAUUAUGAUAUAAUGUAAAAAAAAAAUUGGUUCUUCAGCAGUACAGAAAGUAAACUAUAUAUGUGCUAUCUGGAAACCCCUUCAUACUGUGUAUAAAAUUACAGUCUAGUGAAAUAAACUGUAUUCAA